GUCCCGUUUGCAACCGGAACCACAUCCAGAUGAGCAGCCAACAUGUAAGGAGUGACUAUACCAUCUUGGAAAACUAUCAGCUUACCAAAAAUGCUGUGCAGAAGACCAAACGCAGCGUGGCAAAAGUGCUGUUGCAUCAGUCACGUUGCUUGAUUCUUUGUCACAUAUAGCCACCAGUUCAUAAGUCCCGCCACAAGGCAGUAUUUACUUCUCAUCCAUAAGAGAGGACAUCUAUCGGGUCGCACAAGUCAUGCUACUUUAUUUUAUCAACCAGACCCGAUAAACUGGCACACACCAACAUCAACGCAGAUCUUCCUAACGAAAGAAAAAAUUCCAAGAAAAUCGUUGUUUGAAGCACACACGGCUUCUCUCAGCGUGGAGGAGUGCAAAGGAUACGACCGGAAUUUCAAUGCUCGUCGACCGCACACUGUCGACGCAUCGAUUCCGCGAGGAGAAGUCUUAAUUUUUGGCCGCCGCUUCUGAAACGGAAGCCACUGAAUGGCUGACGUCCCUGUCACAGCCGUCGUUCGUUUGGGACAACAUGAUGGACGUCACCUCGCCUUCCUCAGUCCAACACAGUAGUCCUUUCAAGUCUUUUUAUUUAAAUCCGCCAAAAUGGAUCAACUGUCCGUCGCUUCGGCUCCGCUCGAUUUGAUUUCCGUCAUUAUGAUCAGCCUGACGGACACGUUGUGCUUGAUUGUGGCAGGUUAUGAAAUCGUGCCCGGCGCUCCCGCUUUGCCCUGACCAUGGCCUGUACUCGCCUCGCCUGUAGGCUACUUCACAUGUCGAAGCCCUGAGCAGAGAGCCUUGCCAAGCCUGCCAAGCCAAGCCAGGUCAAGCUAUCGUAAAAUACCAGCAGCAGUUCGCACCUUCUUGAAAUUCUGGGUACUCGCCUUGAGCGGAAGUAGAGUCGGUCGAACCUACAUCUCGCAACAGUCUACUUUACCGGCCAAUUUGUUGAGCUUGCUUCAGACCGGUUCACCUCGAAUCCAACGUCAGGUAACCGCUCUUUUACGACGCAUGCUGCCUGAGCUACCCCCUCCUGUUUUUGCUUCAUUAGUUGGCGUCGACGUGCUGCUCACUACUGAUUAUGGUAUUCUGCAUUCGUCAAUUCCACUGGAUCAAUUGAAAGGGUCGGAAUCUUAGAUGUUGUUCUGGCAUGUAUCGCCAAAGCGUUAACAAUCCAAGUAAAAAGUAAAGGACGUGAUAAAGACGUCUAGUAUAAAUCCCAUUUCUUCUGUGACGAUGGCUAGUAUCUUCAACAACCGACAGCCCACCUCAGCGUCAACUUGGAUCUCGCUGGUGGAUGAGAGGCCACAUGCCACGUCGUGUAAGCAUUAUCCAGCUCGUUAGAGAUAUGACAUCGGGUAAUUUGUCUGAAGUAUGGUCAGCUGUAACGAAAGCAGGCAUUGCGAAAGCUGUUCUUGCGCUUACAAAUUGGAUGAAGAUCGCCGCAGUUCCCUGGAUUGCUUGCAAACACCAUCUGUGUGGUUGACGUUGGCUGCCCUUUGCCUACUGCAAGACGAGCCCGUCGAACGUCUCUCAUCAACACAGUGGGCUCGCGGAGCAGUGAACAAACCGCAGUGUAACAAUCACGACGACGGGGACACAAAUUGUCUGUUCCGACUGCGGGCCGCUUUGUAUUGAUUGCGAUCGAGUUCUGCAUCUUUCACGCAAAUUUUGCUCCCAUCAGCGUCAGGUUUGCAAAGAGGAAGAAGAAGCUAUCAAAGUCGAUGUUCACGAGGAAUGUGGUCGCGUUAAAUUAUUUUGGAUUUUGGCGCUUUCUGACGCCAGGAACCUCAAGUCUUUGGUUGAGUUUCCGUCUCUUCCGUCUACGUCACUGCCGCUAUACGAACGAAAGUGGAAAUUAUCACGGCUCCUUGAUUGGCGGCGUCGGGGCCUCCUCUUCUUGUCGCUAUUGUAGUUCGGCUAUGUCUCCGUCAGCAUCUGCUUCGUUGUUUGACAAUCAAACAAUCAAUGUGUGCAGCGAACCAGAUUGCGUCGAAUAUUCACGAAAUGCGUGUCUCAAAACGCUCGGUUGUGGCCACCGCCACCCUUGCGGGGGAGUGCGUGGUGAAUCAGAAUGCCUUCCCUGUUUGUUUCGUUGUUCUGGCAAUUCAGCAAAUCUUAAGCAAGACGCCGACGACAUGUGCGUGAUCUGCUUCACCGAAGCUCUGUCUGCUGCACCAGCCAUACAGCUAAGUUGCAAACACGUCUUCCAUGCCCAAUGCUGUCGUUCAGUUCUAUCAAAGAAGUGGCCUGGGUCGCGCAUCACCUUCAGCUUUUCUCGUUGUCCUAUUUGCAAGGCUGAAUUACGAAAUGAGUUCCUGGAUGAUUUGUCAAUUCCGAUACGUGAGCUUUUUGAAGACGUCAAGCGCAAAGCUUUGAUGAGACUCGAGUACGAAGGUCUCCACCAAACUGAAGCCAUUUCAUUGCCUGGAAAUCCAUUUUUCCAGAAUGCCGAAGGAUAUGCCAUGGAACGCUACGCAUAUUACGUUUGCUUCAGAUGUAACAAGGCCUAUUACGGCGGAGAAGCUCGUUGUGAGCAAGGAUUGGCCGUCGAAGGAGUAGGUGGUGGUGGUGAUUCAUUCAAUCCGUCGGAACUUGUGUGUGGCGGUUGCAGCGAUGUUUCAAGAGCACAAAUGUGUCACCGCCAUGGUGCUGAUUACCUCGAGUACAAGUGCCGUUAUUGCUGUUCAGUGGCUGUCUUUUUCUGCUUCGGAACAACUCAUUUUUGCAAUGCCUGUCACGAGGAUUAUCGCCAUGUCACGGAAAUGCCAAAACAUGCUUUGCCUAAAUGUCCUGCCGGACCGCGGGGUCGUCAGCUAGAUGGGGAUGAAUGUCCACUCCAUCUCGUCCAUCCACCUACUGGAGAAGAGUUCGCUCUUGGAUGCGGUAUGUGUCACAAUGCCCACACAUUUUAGCCUGAACUACCUCAGGCUGCCAUUCAUGGAUCACUCGAAAAAAUUAAUUCCCGCCACAUUUUUGUUGCGCAAAAAGUAAUAAAGAAUAAUUCGGAAAUUUAAUCUAUGGAAUAAAAAUCUUUGUGUACGCUCUGGCUGACUCAUUGACAUUGAGGUUCAUAGAAUAUAGAUAAUCAUGUCUGCUUUUCAUUCCAUUUGAUGUUGUAAUAAACUAAUUUCCACUC